AUGGAAAGAGAAAAUGCUAGUUUUCCCAGCACCUUUGUCCUGCUGGGCUUCUCGGAGUUUCCGUGGCUGGAGAUGCCCCUCUCUGCAGUGGUCCUGCUCUCCUACAUCCUCACCCUGAUGGGGAACAGCUCCAUCCUCCUCCUCUCCCUGCUGGACCCCAGACUCCACACGCCCAUGUACUUCUUCCUGGACAACCUCUCUCUCCUGGACCUAGGUAUCACCUUCACCAUUGUGCCCCAGCUGCUGGUCAACCUGUUGGGACCAGACAAGACAAUUGCUGCCUGGGGCUGCAUCACACAAGCCUACCUCUUUCAGUGGACUAGCUGCACUGAAUGCAUCCUGCUGGCCAUGAUGGCCAUUGAUCGCUACGUGGCCAUCUGCCGGCCCCUCCAGUACACAAUCAUCAUGCGUCCCUGGGUGUGUGUGCAGAUGGCAGCUGCCUCCUGGUCCAGUGGCCUGGCCAAUGCUCUGCUCCAAGUUACAUUCACCCUCCAGCUCCCCCUCUGUGGACACCACACCCUGGACCACUUCUUCUGCGAGGUGCCUGUGCUCAUCAAGCUGGCCUGCGGGGACACCACUGCCAAUGACCUGGCCCUGGUUGUAGGAGCCAUCCCUUUUGCACUGUUGGCUCCCCUGAUGGUGAUCAUCUCCUACACAUUCAUUGCUAGAUCUGUACUGAAGCUACCUUCAGCUGAAGGAAGGCACAAGGCACUCACAACCUGCAGUACCCAUUUGCUGGUGGUCACCAUGUACUUUGGACCAGGCAUCUACAUGUACCUCCAGCCUCCUGCCAAGAGUUCCCAGGCCAAGUUCGUGUCCUUCUUCUACUGUGUGAUCACCCCACUGCUCAACCCACUCAUCUACACCCUGAGAAACAAGGACGUGAAGACAGCGUGGGUGCAGAUCCUACAAUCUCAAGUGUGGGUCAAUCUGUUAGAAGCCAGAUGA